AUGGCGGCCCGGCGCCUCCUCUUCCUCCAAAGUUGCCGCAGCUACUCUACCUCAGCCUCAGCUGAGGACAUGGUCAUCUCGUCCCUCCGCUUCCUCCCCUCCCCUACCAUUACCAAUCCACCUCCAAUCCCUACUAUUCUUCAUUCUACCGACUCUCCUCCUGACCCCCAUCCAACGCUUACCGCCAUGCUCCUAUCUGCUGCAGAUCGCCUCCGUGGGGUCUUCCUCCUCAAGCCCCCUGGCCGCACUGCGCUACACCAGGCGCUAUCCUCAACAGGCAUUGGCGCUGCCAUGGCGCUCUCACCAGAUGUUCUUGCCAAUGUCGUCAACGCUGGCGAACUCAAUGGUGCCGCCACUGUCACUUUCUUCGAUUGGGCGGUCACUAACUCCAAGCCUCCCCCAUCCGUCCACACCUGCAACAUUGUCAUUAGGGCAUUGGGGAGGAAGAAAUUCUUUGAUUUUCUAGAUGACGCCGUUCAGAUCAUGCGCAGAAACAACAUCUUUCCAGACCUGACCACGCUGGAGAUCAUCAUUGAUAGCCUAGUUGCCGCCAGGCAUGUCAGUAGGGCUGUUGAGGUGCUCAGUACCGACCAAUUUGGAUUUGGGAUUGGGAAAGCCUGCCACAGAAAGGAGGCAUUUACUGUCCUCAUCAGGUGUCUUUGCCGGAGGUCACAUGUUGGUCUUGCUAGCUCACUCUUGCAGGCUGCUCGUAAGGAGUUGCUUGGUCUUGAUAGCGAUGUGUACAAUGAUGUCAUGGGUGGUUGGGCAAGGUUUGGGAGUGUUGAUAAAUUGCAGGAGGUUUGGACAAAGAUGCAGGAGGAUGGGCUAGUUCCAAAUGAGGUUUCACAUUGCCAUCUAAUUGAGGGAUUGGGUAGAGCCGGGCAGACUGAGGACGCACUCAGUGAGUUUGAGAAUAUGGUACAUGGGAGAUAUGGUCCAACUACGAUGACCUACAAUGCACUUAUUUUCAAUUUUAUUUCAGUUGGGGAUUUGGACAGUUGCAUCAAGUAUUACAAGGAUAUGUUGGAAAAGAACUGUCCCCCAAACAUCGACACGUACUCCAAGAUGAUUAAAGCCUUUUUGAGAGGUCGCAGGGUAGCUGAUGCGCUCCACAUGUUUGAUGACAUGUUGGUCCAAGGAGUUCUGCCAAAUACUGGGAUGAUAACAUCAUUUAUCAAUCCAUUGUGUACAUUUGGACCACCUCAUGCUGCUUUGAUGAUAUACAAAAAGAGUAGGAAGGCUGGUUGUGUGAUAUCCUUGAAAGCUUAUAAGCUUUUGCUAGAAAGGCUCGCUAAAUUUGGGAAGAGUGGAAUUGUUUUGGACAUUUGGGAAGAGAUGCAGGAGUGCGGAUAUCAACCCGAUAAGGAGAUUUACGAGUUUAUUGUAAAUGGGCUUUGCAGUGUGGGUAAGGUUGAUGCUGCUGUGUCUGUGGUAGAGGAAUCACUUCGGAAUGGCUUCUGUCUUGGGAGAGUUGUUUGCAGCAAACUGAACAACAAGCUGUUGGAGAUGGACAAAGUUGAGACCGCAUAUAAUUUGUUCAAGAAAGUCAAACAUGCGCGUGCACUUACUAAUUCACGCAAUUAUUGUCGUGCUAAUGGUUGGCAUUCCUGA